UACGUACAAUACAAGUAGUCACGACAACUAAAUUUUAGCCUCGCUGCUAUCGUGAUCCUAACGCGCGUGAUGUUAACGCGCGUGAGCGAACACCUGUGUGUACGUAUACAUGUACCUGUCAUGAUGACAUCAAGAAAGACGAAUGCCAGUCGACAUCGAGAGCUGCCGUUCUACGAACCUGGAAGCAGCAGAAAAACGAGUGCGCAAAUCGUGUCGGAAGCCAGAGCCUCAAUCAAGACCCUCAAGACAACUCGUCCUCACACGCCAACCAGCGCAGACAGAACACUCAUGGGCAAAGCAAGAGCAACACUAGGCAGACCACCAUCCGUAUACAGUAUCGGAGAGCGACAUUUCAUAGAUGACCUGUCGCGUCCCGGCUCCUCCAGCUCGGGUAAUGCCAGUGUAGCGCCGUUGGGCCGGCUCGCACCUCUAGAGCAGAGAACCGUUCCACAGGUGGAUGAAGCCAGAGUGGAUGGUGGGCACGCCUCUUUGGUUCCAAAGCCUCCUCCUUCGAAGAACAGACGUUCAAGUAUGAGACGUCAUACGGGCAGUGGACGCUUACAGACUGAAAUCAGAGAGACAGAUGAAGAUCUAGCCCCAACAGAGUUGAAAUCAGAUCUUACUGUAGAAACAUCGUCUGGCAUGGUUCGUCCUAACGAGCAGUUUGCUGUGCCCCAAAAGGUUGGGUCGAAAUCACCUAAAGGUUCCAAGCAUGUAAGAUCUCAACAGGCCAAUAAACCUCAAACGGACGGAGUUCAGCAUCAUAACCAGACUCGGAUAAAUCAUGAAGCACAUCAGACUGAGAGUCCGAGGUUGGAGAAUAAGAAGGUGCACGAGAGACCAAAAGAAAGACGAGCUAGUGGAACGGAUAGUUUUUAUGAAGAACGUGUUAGACCAUUGCUGGAAAGACUAACCGUGUCAACAGGCAUUUCCGAUCUUAGUCCGGCUGUGUCUGAGCUUCAUCGUCUGCUGGAAGAAGGAAAUAUGUUGGGACGAGGGGCUGGGAAACGGAGAACAAGAAUUCUUAGAACUUUGUUCAACUUGUUGGACAUUGAUGAUCCACGGUUACUGCUUAGAUUGGCCAGGCUGAUUUUAGCACUGCAUGUUACGCAAAGUAACUUGACCAACACAUGCAAGCUUUUGUUUAAGCUGAGCAAGACGGAAUCAAACGAUUUGCUGUUUCUAGAAGAGAAGCUGUGUGGUAAUAUGCUUGCUGUGGUACGAAUGUCUGAUCCAGUCACGUAUUGCGAAGCAUUGGUCUAUUGUGUGGGCGCUCUAAAAUUGUUGUCAGGCAAUACACAGAUACAAAAAGAAUUAGGAGAGCAGGACGGCAUUAGUGCACUGUCAGAACUCGUAGCUACCAUCAACACAGUAUCACAAAGCGAUAGAACAUCAUUGAGUACAUAUACAGGGUCUCUAUUGGUCCAGGUGACCGCAACUCUUCGGAAUCUAGCAGACGUUAGUGAUCAUAGAAAUAACUUUCUUUCUGGAGCCGUAAUUGAGAAUCUUUGUCCAUUGAUGGACACGUUUGGAGACGAUGCUGAUCUUAUGCUAAACAUUUCACGAAUUUUCAGUAAAUUGACUCAGCAUUCAAGUUGUAAGAUGGUUUUAUGUCAACGUCCAGGAUCGUUGCAGUCUAUUCUGAAACUUUUGUUACAACACAUCACGAAUCAUGAUCUAGUUGUUCGACUGUGCUUUGUAUUGGGAAAUCUAACAAGACGAGACGACACAGCUCGGUCUAUGCUUUAUUUCACUUGUUGUUGUAUGGAGCCUCUAUUGCACGUUUUUGAAGUUUACAUCAAAUUGGAUGAAGAGGCAUCAGGCAACUUACAUAACGACAAGGAUGACAAGGAUGUUAGCAACACAAACAAACUCUCACCAACCGAGGAUGUGCUGGUAAAGCUAGUUCGUGUUAUUGCUAAUCUUGCAGUUCACCCUAACGUUGGAUCAGCUCUUGCUUUAUCUGAGUCUUGUGUAGAAAACCUCAUUCGACUACUAGGCUAUAAGGACGUGUCCAUGUGUGAAGAGCUUGUGCUGAAUGCAGUGGCUACAAUCAAUAAUCUAUCGUUCUAUGGCAUUAGUGGCACUGCUGUUGCCAAGCACCAACUUGUUAUCACCGACUUGCUUGUUGAUGUGUUAUUGUCCCAAAGCAUGGAUGCAAUGAUUGAAGCGUUUAGAGUGUUUGGCAACUUGACGAGAUCGAAAGAAGUGAGACAAAUUUUGGCGUCUCGGCAAGUGGAUCGUAUGCUACUGACUGUGUUGGACUCUGGUCGAAGAGACGUGGUGUACUCGUCGUGUGGGGUGUUGGUCAAUAUGAUGGCUGAUUCAGAGAAUUGGAAAACACUGCAAGAUGAAGAUGGCGUUCGAAAACUGAUUGACAUUUUGAGAGACUUUGGUCAAUUUGAUUGGAUGCUUGGGUCUUUGGUCUGCAAAGUUUUAUCAAACUUCAGUGUCAAGAUGUCAUCAUCUGAUGAAUGGUUUGGCAAUGAUCAAGUUAUCAGUCUUAUGGACAUUCUAAGUGAGCAACUAGACGAAGAAUCUGCAUUGUCACUACCCGGAGAUGUCAGCAAAGAUGUGCAGGACUUUCUACGUCAGACUUGGACAGAGGAGUUUUGUCCUGUAGCUCAAAGUCUACUGGCUAGGAUACAGUCAUGUUAUAGGGAGCUUGAACCGAUAUAA